AUAACAGUUAAAGAUAGCUUGCAAGUACAGAGGCUUAAUCAUGGUAGAGAAAAAAUCGUCGAUUGGUAAAGUCUGCUCUGUUAUCAUCCUAUACUGGGGAGUAUCGAUUUCAAUGGUUUUUGUAAACAAGCAUAUUCUCAGUGGAUCAUUUGGCGACAACGAUGUGUCCAUAUUUGUUGCCUGGUACCAGUGUUUCUCAGCAGUGAUAGGGAUACAGUUAUGUGGCUUUAUUUCUAGAAGAACGAAAAUUCCUGUGAAAAUUCCGAAAAUUGAAUGGAAUUUGUUACUGAAGAAAGACUUCCUUAGAUUCUCAUUUGCAUUUGUUGCAAGCUUGACCAUGAAUAAUUUGAUGUUGAAACAUAUAGGCGUUGCAUUUUAUCAAGUAGCGCGAUCAUGGACUUUAAUAUUUACAAUUUUAUUUUCUCAAUGUCUCCUUAAGAAGGAUAUAACUUAUAAAGCUAUCAUAGCCUGUUUAAUUGUAACGUGUGGAUUCUUCAUAGGAAUAGACCAAGAAGAUGCUUCCGGCACUCUGAGUGUCUGGGGUAUAAUUUACGGAAUUUUUGCCAGUCUCGCUACAGCUUUAGGUGGAAUUUUUAUUAAACGGGUACAACCCAUAGUUGAAGGUGAUAGUUUUAAACAAGCAUACUACAACAAUAUAAAUGGCGUCAUUAUAUUCUUCCCGCUAGUCUUUAGUACGGGACAAUUGCAACAAAUUUUGUAUUCAGAAUUCAUUUUUCAUCCGUCAUUUUGGAUAUGCAUGACAAUAUCUGGUGUUCUUAGUUUAUCUAUAGGCUGGGUGAGUGUUCUCCAGAUAAAACACACUUCACCAAUCACCCACCAUGUGAGUAACACUGCCAAGUCUGUGUUGAUGACAGUAUUAGCUAUAAUGUACUAUAAUGAAGAGAAAACUAUGCUGUGGUGGGGUGGAAAUUUUCUAGUUAUAUUUGGUGUGAUGUUUUAUACAUACAGUAGAAUGAAUGAGAAGAUGGAUCAAGAGUUACCUGACUUGACUAUUGAGCCAGAAAACAAACACAAUCAUAAUGUUUAAUUUUAUUUCCAUUUUAUCUGUACUUUGAAUGAUUUUAUGCCGGAACAAACAAAAAAAGCUUAAGUGCCAUAAAGUUGCAUUUUUCUUCUUUAGUAAAGGAAAAUUUCCAUAAUCAUGUACUUUAACCAAGCUUAUUUUUAAUUAGCGAUUUAUUAAGGCAAAUUCUCCUAAAGAAAAAUUAUCAAAAAUCGUCAAACUGGAAUCUUUUUUUUUAAUGGAAAACAUCAACAAAGUUUGUAAAUAAUCACAAAUGUCCAAAAACCUUCCAGAAAGGGUUGAACAUAAAAAAAGCAUUUAUGAAAAUAGAAAAAUAAGAUGUGGUAUGAAUGCCAAUGAGAUAACUCUCAAGCAGAGACAAAAUGACAUAGAAUAUUUACAAUUACAAGUCACCAUACAGCCCUCAACUUUGUGCAAAACCCAUACUGCAUAGCAAGCUUUAAAAGGCCCUUAAUAAAAAUGACAUAUGUAAAACAAUUCAAACAUGAAAACUAAUGACCUGAUUUAUGUCCAAAACAAUAAAAAAAAAAAUGAUUUACAUGUACAGCAACAAAAGACAACCACUGAAUGAAAGGCUCCUGACUUUGGACAGGUUGGUUCACAGAAUCAAAAACCUUAGGGUGCUUUGACAAAUGUGUUGUCACAUCGAUAUAAAAUUUGUUUACAUUAUAAAAUUUGUUUAAGUGCAAUUUUCACUAAUAAGUAAAAUUUUCACAAAAAUGUAUGUCCUAGGAAGUGGUUUUGUACAUAUAUACAUGUAAUUACAACAGUUUUUUUUUCUUUUUGAAAAUGUUGAACAAAGGCAUUCAGAGGGUCUAGUCUAUCAUGUC